CCUCGAAGGCCGCUUUCGACCCAAAAAUUGUAAAAAAAACGAAGACCCACUUAGUUUGUGGAGUGUGCUUGCGUUGACACUAUUCUUUGCCACCUUCGUGCAACUCUCAACAAGCAGAGCGACGCAGCACCACCGCAGCUUGUCGUCUGUCGCCGGACCUCAGGCAAAAUGAGUUGGAGAUACAAAGGUGGGUUGCUUCUCAUUAUCACUUUUGUGAUCAUGUGGGUCACUUCUGCAGAAGUCACUCAGGGUGUUUUCGACAAGUAUGAGCAGCCAUUCACACUGACCUAUCUUGGGACUUCGCUCUUGGCGUUCCAUCUUCCCAUAGCAUUCUUGAAGGACUGGUUACUGAAAUUCCUAAAAUCCCGCACUAGGGAAAGUGGCGAUAGUGUGGAGACAGUCGAUGCAAGCUGUGCAGGUCCAGAUUCUCCUGGCAAAAAUAAUGGGAAGCAGAGUAAUAUUGAAAUGGUAAAUCAAGAAAAGUUGAGUGCGGUGGAUUCAACCGGCGAUGAAGUUCAUUUACUUGAAGAGGGACAGGCCUCUUUUUCAGAAGCAAAAGAUGAUGACAUAGUGGAACAAGAGGAGAAGAUGAGCAGCAAGCAAUUUCUCAAAGUUGCCUGCACUCUUGCACCUAUGUGGUUCGUGUGUGAGUAUCUCGUGAAUGCCGCACUCGCACGAACAAGCGUUGCCAGCUGCACGAUAUUGUUAUCGACAUCAGGACUUUUCACCCUUCUGAUUGGUGCAAUUCUAGGACAGGACUCCAUAAGUGUAGUAAAAGUAAUCUCAGUCUUUAUCAGUAUAGCCGGAGUCGCCAUGACUGCACUAGGGAAGACUUCAAGUACCGAUCAAUCACAUUCGAACGCAACUGUAACCUACCCUCUUCUAGGGAAUCUUCUCGCGAUUCUCGCGGCUGCAACUGAUGGACUAUUUGCUGUGCUUCUCAAGAAGUGCGCUGGAGAGGAAGGAGAAAGGGUGGACAUGCAAAAGUUAUUUGGUUGUAUUGGACUAAUCUCGCUUCUCUCAUUUUGGUGGCUUGUUUGGCCUCUCAUUGCUUUAGACAUAGAGCCCAAAUUUGGCUUUCCUCAGUCUGCGGCCGUGGGGGGAGUUGUUCUUGCCAACUGCUUCGUCGGAAAUUUCCUCGCUAAUUAUUUUUGGGCGGUUAGUGUUGUUUGGACCAGUCCUCUGGUGGCAUCACUAGGUGUCUCCCUCGAGAUACCCGUCGCCAUGUUGGAAGACAUCCUAAUACACGGUCGGCGGUUUUCACUCAUUUACAUUCUUGGCUCGGUCCAGGUAUUCCUGGGAUUCGUCUUAGCUAACUUGUCGGACUGGUUCUCACCGACAUUCCACAUGCAUUGAAAUAAUUUUGUACACGUGUGCAUAUGACUGACCAUAUGAGAUACUCCGGUUCCAGGAUAAAGUACAGAUAAAUCCAUUGGUUGUCCAUCUUUAAG